AUCCCCACACACCCCUGAAAGGGUCCGGACACUCAGUGAGACCCCACACACAACUGACAGGUUCCUGACACUGAGACGCCACACACCCCUGACAGAUUCCUGACACACUGUGGAACCCCACACACCUCUAACAGGUUCCUGACACACUGUGAGACCCCAUUCACCCCUGACAGGAUCCUGACACACUGUGAGAGCCCACUCACCCCUGACAGGAUCCUGACACAAUGUGACAUCCCACACACCCCUAACAGGGUCCCGACACACUUUGAGACCCAACACACCCCUGACAGGGUCCUGACACACUGUGAGACGCCACACACCGCUGACAGGGUCCUCACACACUUUGAGACCCCACACACCCCUAACAGGGUCCUGACACACUGUGAGAGCCCACAGACACCUGACAGGGUCCUGACACACUAUGAGACCACACACACACCUGACAGGGUCCUGACACACUGUAACACCUCACACACCACUCACAGGUUCCUGACACACUGUGAGGCCCCACACACACAUGAGAGGGAGAGAACACACUCUUUAAGACACCCACAUGCACCGGAUAGGGUCCUGACACAUUGCCAGAUGCCACACACCCCUGACAAAAUCCUGAGACAGUGUGAGACCCCAAACACCACUGGCAGGGUCUAAACACACAGUGAGAUCCCCACACGGCCUGACAGGGUCCUGGCACACUGUAAGACCCCCACACACCCCUGACAAGCUACUGACACAAUUUGAGACCCAACACACACCUGAAAGAGUCCUGACACAUUGUGAAAACCCACACACCCCUGACAGGGUCCUGACACACUGUGAGACCCAACACACUCCUGACAGUGUCGUGACACACUGUGAGACCCCACACACCCCUGACAGGGUUCUGACACAUUGUGUGACCCCACACACCUGGCAGGAUGCUGACAAUCUGUGUGAACCCACACACCCCUGAUGCACUCUGAGACCCUACACACCCCUGGCAGGGUCCUGACACACUGUGAGACCCCACACUCCACUGACAGGGUCCUGACACACUGUGAGAUCCCACACACACAUGAGAGGGAGAGGACACACUCUAACACCCCCACACGCACCGGAUUGGGUCCUGGCACAUUGCCAGACGCCAUACACCCCUGGCAAAAUGCUGUGACAGUGUGAGACCCCCCACACCCCUGGCAGGGUCUUGACACACCGUGAGAUUCCGACACACAACUGACAGGGUCCGGACACACAGUGAGACCCCACACUCCACUGACAGGGUCCUGACACACUGUGAGGCCCCACACACACAUGAGAGGGAGAGAACACACUCUUUAAGACACCCACAUGCACCGGAUAGGGUCCUGACACAUUGCCAGAUGCCACACACCCCUGACAAAAUCCUGAGACAGUGUGAGACCCCAAACACCACUGGCAGGGUCUAAACACACAGUGAGAUCCCCACACGGCCUGACAGGGUCCUGGCACACUGUAAGACCCCCACACACCCCUGACAAGCUACUGACACAAUUUGAGACCCAACACACACCUGAAAGAGUCCUGACACAUUGUGAAAACCCACACACCCCUGACAGGGUCCUGACACACUGUGAGACCCAACACGCACCUGACAGAGUCCUGACAGACUGUGAAAACCCACAAGCCCCUGAGAGGGUCCUGACACACUGUGAGACCCCACACACUCCUGACAGUGUUGUGACACAUUGUGAGACUCCACACACACCUGCAGGAUCCUGACACACUGUGAAAACCUACACGCCCCUGAGAGGGUCCUGACACACUGUGAGACCCCACACACACCUGCAGGAUCCUGACACACUGAGACCCCACACACCCCUGAGAGGGUCCUGACACACUGUGAGACCCCACACACUCCUGACAGUGUUGUGACACAUUGUGAGACUCCACACACACCUGCAGGAUCCUGACACACUGUGAAAACCUACACGCCCCUGACAGGGUUCUGACACACUGUGAGGUCCCACACACCCCUGACAGGUUCCUGACACCAUGUGAAAUCCCACACACCCCUGACAGGGUCCUGACACACUGUGAGAGUCCACACCCCCCCGACAGGGUGACGAUGAGAGGGGAGGGGGAACUGUGAUUUCCUGACCUGUUCCUUUCACAGAAUGCCCACUAUCCUUUUCUCCAUCUCCAGAUGCCACAUCAACACUGGGGACUAAAAGUUUCUUCCACAGGAAGAAAAUGACAGCUGUGACAGUAGUGGGAGUUUGUCCAGUACGGGACAGUCAGGGGUCAGUGAACUAACAGGGAAAUACUCACCUUCACAGCACAGUUAAUUGUGAAAUGUGAUGAUCUGGUGUUUAUCUGGACCAGGCCUCUCUGUCCAGUUAGGGGUCUGUUUAUCAAAUUUACUGUUCGAGCAUCCAUUGAUGAAUCCAAUUAAUGCAAGAGCUUUGAGCUAACUCUUGUGUGCUUAAAUGCUGAGUUCUGAGUUGAGGCAUCUAACAGUUUGUCCACUGUCUGUUCCCAUGGAAGAUGUUCAACAGAAACACAAGGAGACUCUGCGGACACAAACGGAAUCACUGAGAGUCAACACGAUCCUGAUGAGGGAGAAGGUGAAGGUUUUCCAGCUGGUUGAUCGAUACGCUGAGCUUACGGUCAUAUCUGCUGUUCGAGAUCGGAGACUGGUGGAACAUGAGCUGCUGGCAAGAGGCAGAGACCACGAGGAGUGGAGAGAGAAACAUCUCCGUGGAGAGCUGGAGAAACUCCGGACAGAUCGGUUGUUCCAGAGCAGCUUUUCCCGGAGUAAAUCCAAAUCUGGGAGUUCAGCAGCAGUGGCCGGAGUCCCGGGGAUCGGGAAAACAACAAUGGUACAAAAGAUUGUUUAUGACUGGGCCACGGGGAAAAUAUACCAACAAUUCCAGUUUGUCUUCAGUUUCAAAUUCCGGGAUUUAAACUCCAUUAACUGCAGAAUAAACCUGAGGGAACUGAUUCUGGAUCAAUAUCCUUACUUUGGGAAUAUCCUGAGAGAGGUCUGGAAGAACCCAGAGGGAUUGCUGUUUAUAUUCGAUGGUUUGGAUGAAUUCAAACACAGAAUCGAUUUUGCUGACAGUCGGAGAGAUACAGAACCCAAGCACCAGUGCCCAGAUCCCGAGUGGUGGUGUGAAGUGUCUGACAUUGUGUACAGUUUAAUCCAGGGCAAGCUGCUCCCAGGGUGUUCAGUGCUGGUGACCACCCGUCCCACUGCGUUACAUUUAUUGGGAAAGGCAGAGAUCAGUGUCUGGGCUGAAAUCCUGGGAUUUGUUGGUGAGGAACAGAAAGAAUAUUUCAUCAGGUAUUUUGAAGAUCAGACGGUGGCAGCAGCUGUUUUCAAACACGUGAAGGAGAACGAGAUCCUGUACACCAUGAGCUACAACCCCUCCUACUGCUGGAUCCUCGCUCUGGCACUGGGCCCCUUCUUCACACAAAGAGUCAGGGACCCGCAGCGAGUUCCCAAGACUAUCACCCAACUGUACUCCUACUAUAUUUACAACAUCCUGAAAAACCACGGCCGUGAGAUUGAGAACCCCCGUCAUGUGUUACUCAGGGUUGGUCAGAUGGCCUUCAGAGGAGUGUCUGAGAAGAAGAUUGUGUUUACAGAUGUAGAUUUGAUCAAGUACAAUCUGCAGCCUUCCCAGUUCAUGUCCGGGUUCCUGAUGGAGCUUUUGGAGAGAGAGGAUUUAGCCCGGUGUGUGGUGUACACAUUCCCACACCUCACCAUCCAGGAGUUUGUAGCUGCAGUCGCACAAUUCUUGACUAUAUGUCCCAGGGAUAUCCUGAAAUUCCUCACUGAAGCUCACAACACGACAGAUGGGCGAUUUGAGGUGUUUCUCCGUUUUGUUGCUGGUCUCUCCAACCCAAUGACAGUUCGGGGCCUGGAGGAGUUUCUGGGUCCGUUUCCUCACGAAACAACCUGCCGGGUGAUUGACUGGGUGAAGGAGGAGGUUAAACGCCAGAGUGGAAACACAUGGAGCGAAGCUGGUAAAAGGAGCCUCCUGAACACAUUGCACUACCUGUUUGAGUCUCAGAAUCGUGGACUGGCUCAGGCCGCACUGGGAUCAGUGGAAACACUUUCAUUCAGUGGAAUGACACUGACCCCGAUUGACUGCGCGGUCCUGUCUCAUGUCAUCGGACUCUGUGAUACAAUAAAACACCUCGACCUGGUGAACUGUCACAUUCAGUGUGAAGGAAUCCAGCGGCUGGGACCCGGGCUACACAAGUGCCAGGAGUUGAGCCUGAGUGGUAAUGAACUGGGAGAUUCAGGAGUGAAACUGGUGUCUGCGGCUCUGAGGAUCUCGGAGUGUAAAAUACAGGAACUGUGGCUGAGCGCUGUCGGUCUCACAGAUUCUGGUGUCGAGGAUCUCGUCUCCGCUCUCAGUAUAAACCCAUCACUGACGGAGCUGAACCUGAGAUCAAACUGGCUGACAGACCGAUCUGUCCCCGCUCUCCGCCGCCUCAUACUGACCCUCCCGAGUCUGGAGUGGAUCCGGCUGUGGGGGAAUCGGUUCAGUGAGACCGGGGGGAAGGAACUGAGAUCUCUGCAGGGAGUCAGACCCGGACUGACAGUGGAUCUGUGACCAUCUGAAUGUGUGAACAUCCCCGCCCGCGGGAUGCCGACAUUUAGGCCGAUUCCCCGCCCUCCCCUUUAACCCCGCCCCCCACCUUCCCCUUACCUUUAAUGGCCACGCGCCAGGUUUAAUUCCCAACCGUUUUAACGGAAUUGGCUCCAGCCUCGCGCUGUGUGCCGUUCACUGGUCCCCCGUGGUGACGUAUUUCGGUCUCCUGUGCAGCGGCGCUGCUUCCGCCGGAUGUGCGGGUUCGAGACCCUGGGGAAUGACACAGACAGGAAGAGCCCGGGGGCCGGGGCUCAGUCUGGGACACCGGUGUCCCGGGGUGGGAUUAUCCCGGGAGUACGUAAUGCUGGCUGGCCUGCUGCGUUCACCGGCAACUUUUACGUUUGAUGCCGGGGAAUUACACAGACAGGAAGGGCCCGAUGAUCGCGGUUUUUUUUUUCUGAGACACGGGUGACUCCUGACCGGCGUGGAUAACUUCACUCACAUCAUCUCUGAACUGAUUCCACAACCUACGGACUCACUUUCAAAGAAUUUACAACUCGUGUCAUUAUUAUUUAAUAUUUUAUUUGCACAAAUUUCCCUUCCUUUGCACGUUGCUUGUUUGUUAGUCUUUGUUUUUAUAUAGUUUUUCAUAAAUUCUGCUAUAUUGAUUAAUUGUCCUGUAAAUGACUGCAAUAAAAUGAAUCUCAGGGUAGUAUAUGGUGACAAAUAAGAACUUUGAUAAUAAACAGCACGCAUCAAAGUUGCUGGUGAACGCAGCAGGCCAGGCAGCAUCUCUAGGAAGAGGUACAGUCGACGUUUCAG